UCGCCCGACUUUCUCCGCAGUCUGCAGUGAAACAUGGCGUCACUGGAAAGUACACAGCUACGGAGUCUAGAAACUUCACCUCAGUAAAAACAAUAAACCACACGAGCGACUGAAGACGACACUGAACAACACAACUUCUAGACAUGCCCCGGAAAAAGCCAUUUAGCAACAAGCAGAAGAAGAAACAGCUGCAAGUCAAACGGGAGCGAAAGCGAGGUGACACGGGCUCAGGGCCAAGUAGCCGGAAUGCUAGCGUGGAGCGAGGGGGAAAUAGGCAGUCAGACACGUCAGAUAGCGAGACCACCGACAUCCGCAGGAUAAACCAGCAGCCCUCCGGCCGAGAUGGCAGGCAUGAUCCCAAUAGGUUUCGUCUUCACUUUGAAAAGGAAAGCAAAGAGGAAGUGGAGAAGCGGAAGAAGAUGGCCCAGGACAAGAUCCUGCUACCUGUCUCAGACAAACAACUGGAGAUCGGCAUCGAGGACAUCUACCCACCAGAAAGAGGCCUAGGUUUCCCACGACGGCCGCCCUGGAACUACGAAAUGAGCCGAGCAGACUUGCUGAGGAAAGAGGAGAAGUCGUACAAGCAGUACCUGGAUGACAUGCAUUCCAGAAAUCCACCUGGAUCCCUCAGCCAUUUUGAGCACAACCUAGAGACAUGGAGGCAGCUGUGGCGAGUGUUAGAGAUGUCAGACGUCGUCCUGCUCAUCGUGGACAUCAGGCACCCGGUGUUGCAGUUCCCCCCCGAGGUAUACCGCUACAUUACCAACGAGCUCAAGAAGCACGUGGUGCUGGUGCUGAAUAAAGUGGACCUGUGUCCGCCCCCGCUCGUGAUCGCAUGGAAACACUACAUGACCUCACACUUCCCGCAGCUGCAUAUCGUCUGCUUCACCUCCCACCGGGGACAGGCCUACAGCACAGUACUCCAGAAAAAGCGCAUGAGGCGGAAGGCUGACUGGAGUCACGCUGGAGGUCCCACAGAGAUCCUGAAGGCCUGUCAAGAGAUCACAGCAGGACGAGUCGACCUGUCCAGCUGGGAGCAGAAGAUCCAGGCAAACGCUGCUGCAGACCAACAGGACGGCGAGGGGCUGGACGAUGAGGCCGAGUCGGUGUUGGUGGAGCAUCAGAGCGAUAGCGCCCUGGAGAUGAGUAACCCAAGGCACGAGCUCUACAAGGAUGGCAUUCUCACUCUCGGUUGCAUUGGCUUCCCAAAUGUUGGCAAGUCAUCCGUUAUCAAUAGCCUAGUUGGCAGGAAGGUGGUGAGUGUGUCACGGACCCCAGGCCACACCAAAUACUUCCAGACCUACUACCUCACCCCCACCGUCAAACUCUGCGACUGCCCCGGCCUCGUCUUCCCCUCCUGUGUGGAUAAACAGUUACAGAUUCUGGCCGGCAUUUACCCGGUGUCACAGCUGCAGGAGCCCUACAGCUCUGUGGGUUAUCUGUGCGAGAGGACCCCCUACCUCUCAGUACUGAAGCUCAAACAUCCUAAUUUAGAAGACGUUAACACCCAGCAAGGAGACCAAGUUUCAGUGGAGUCCCCCUGGACUGCCUGGGAUGUUUGCGAGGCAUGGGCUGAGAGGAGAGGCUACAAGACUGCAAAAGCGGCCCGUAAUGACGUCUACCGGGCGGCUAACAGCCUCCUGAGGUUAGCCACUGACGGCCGCCUGUGCCUUUGCCUCAGACCACGUGGCUACAGCUGCUUGCGAGAGCACUGGGAAAGUCACACCGACAUCCUGGAGAUCCUGGCCCUGCAAGGACGCACAUCGGAGGAGGACGCCACGGGAAAGAGGGACGACGAAGAGGACGGCGAGUCCAGCACCGAGCCCGAGGAAGAGAGAGACAGGGACGCGGACGACGACGACGACGGUGACGAAGAUGAGGGCUUUAGAAAGCCUAGGCAAAAGGAAGAGACGACAUCCAGCUUGGCCAUCAACAUGUUUCAUGUCCUCCGGGAGAAUGAAUGUGAGUGAAGGGAAGAACUUAUCCUGAUGUUUCCCGCUCGAACUCUUUCAUUCGUGUUUCUUCUCCCCCGGCCGGCCCCUCAAGAUGCAUUCCUUCUCGUGUGGUGACCCUUUCCAAUAUAUUAUAGGUACGAUAAGGCUGCCAUGAUUAGUUUUUUUAUUUUUAUUUCUCAGAACUCUUAAGCAAGAUUGUCACCUGAGGAGGCAAGUCAGCAUGCCUGCUGAUUAUACCAUGAGAUCUCAUGGCUCCUGUACUUCAACAAAGCCACUAAAUGGCAUAACGCAUAAUACUGAACAAAACCACCUAUGGGCUUCUCAUCUCAAUUAUUUCAUUAAUACAUAUUGCAUAAGGUAUUCUGUAUGGUAGCCAAAGCUCAACGAAUCAUAUUGAAAGGGAAAAAAAACAUAAUUUCCUGAUGUUUGCACACUUGCGCCCCUAAUAGAGAACAUAUUUUUCUAUUCCAUGGUGUGCCUCAGCUCUGCCCGUUCAUGCACAAAGCUUUCUUCUUGAUGUCAGGCAGCGGGUGUGUGUUAGUUUUUUUUUUUGCAUGUUUUCUCAGAGGAAAGGGGAAAAAAACUUCAAUCAGUCUGUUUCAGGGAUGGGCAUCAUAAUCGAUUGUGUCUCGAAACCGUUGAGGUAAAAUGGAGUGGAGUACUUGGCUGGGGUCAGCAGACGCACUGUUGAUUCAGUCUCAACUGCUUUGCUGUCUAAAACGGGGUACAUGCAUACCAACAAUCGGGGCAAAUUUGAGCGUUUUUCUCUCCCCGUAAAAUUAGCAAAGGCCAGAUUGUUGGAUGUCUCUAAAAGUUAAUUCUGUGGUGUGUUAAGAAUGAUUAUUUUUUUUUCGCCUCUUGGAUCUGCUCGGACAAUUGGUCGAGGUCGACAAUCGUAAAUGUUAAACCUGUUCAAUAAUUCCUAUCGCAAAUCAUUAUGAGACGUGGUGUGCUUUGUUGGUCGUCUCGUGUGCAUCACACACUGUAAGAACUCAUUUGAGUUUUUUUACAUCGGUGCAGACUUAUCCGACCUAAUCCACAUCUUAAUACUACCACUAUCAAGUAGCAAUUAUAGAACCAAUAAAUACUAUCAAAAAUGCAAUACAGUGAGAGGAAGAAGUAUGUGAACCCUUUGGAAUUUCUUGGAAUCUUGCUCAACUACAACAGUUGUGCAAAAAGGAAUGAUCCAAAAUGUAUCCUGAUCAUUGUGCAUGUCUGAUCUGCAACUACAGGAAACGUUUGGUUGAGGUUAUUGCAGCCAAAAGAGGGUAAACCAGUUUUUAAAUUCAAGUGUCCACUUACUUUUUUCCUCCCUGUGCUGUGAAUGUUUGUUAUGCUCUAUAAAAAUAUAAAUAUGGAAUGUAAUUCUUCGUGUGGUAUUAGUUUAAGCAGAAUGUUUAUUCUUGUGAUUUAGAUGAUCAGACAACAUUUUAUAAUCAACUUGGGCAGAUAUGUAAGAAAUUACAACGUUUCACAAUUUUUCCUCCCACUGAGUGAACUGUGCCACAUGAAUCAUCUGGAGCCAUUCAGAAUCCAUUUUUAUCUAGUAACAUGACAAAAGACAGAGAUGCUCAAUAUUACAAGUAUUAAUGUGUGAAGAUUGCUACAAACGUGUUUUGCUAGUCGAAAUUGACCAAUCAAUUAGGACGGGAAAGUGUUGAGGUGAAUUUUAAAUCUGAUUGGUUUAAAUAAACAGUCCCAUUGCUAAUAUAGUUACCUGUCCCGCGCUACUGAUUCUGAACACCCCGGAAGCUGAAAUAUGAUUGGACAAAAAAGCUCAACAUGAACUGGAAGCAGCGCAGCCAAGAGAAACACUAUGAAAUGAAGUGAAUAGACUCUUGAGAAUAAAGCGAUACAAUUUCAUGGAACAAAUAUUAGAAUUUAUGUGGUAACUGUAGGUCAGUGCUUUUUAUGGUGUUUAGGCCAACAGAGAAGGCCUGUUAAGAUGUGAAACAACGGUAUGUGUGUACCCUGUUUCAAGAAGGACAGCCUGACCUCAUCUAUUGGGAAGUUGAACUUCAGCCACACCAUGGCACAAAUUGCUCUAGGCAGGAUUAUUCCACCCAAUAUGACAUGGAAACUAGAGUUCAAAACAUUUGGAUAUAUUUUUACGACCUCCAUUAAGUAACAAUAGUUAAAGGAAUUGCCCAUCCCUCGUGUUUCCAAUCAAUACUGUCAUGUGACCUCGCAGCUGAGAUGCCAAAUGCACAAAUUCGAAGCGCCGCCUGUAAAACUGUCAGUCACGGGACACGAGCAUCAUUUCACACUCAGGUCAGCAGAAACCAGUACAGUAUUACCAGCUCGAUGUUCAAUUUUCUGAUGAUUAAGGAGAGUAUAGUGUUUCUGACAGUGCUGUAUUCGUUGGUGUGGUUUUGAGUUAUGGCGCUUCUCAAUGGGGAUUGAAACCUGUAGUGUUUUAACUACUUGGCUACACAAUCACGUUUUAAUGGGAGUAUGUGGUGGUGUUCACUCCAACAAAGCAAUUGAACUUUUUGGUUUUUGAGAGAGAUGUUCUUUAAUCACAGUGUGGGGGGGGGAAUGUUAUCACAUUUGCCGACUCGGUCCAGAGCAAACAAAACUCCAUCUCUGAGAGUUAUUUUACCACAAACGUCCACAUGUUCCUUUAACCGCACAGGAGGAGGCGAACAAGAUUACGGCUUCCAUAUGUCCUGCCAUGAUAAGCAGCUGGUGUAUUAUGUCAUCAAACCCGACUUUGGCGUUACCCCGUGCUUAUCUUGUCAUGUUGUUUGCCCGAGACAAACUUCCUCUCCAUCUCCUGCAUUGUCUCACUCUUCUCAGCAUUAUAAAAGCUGACUUUUUAAGUUCUGUGUCCACCUCUCUCCAUUGCUGUUUAUCAUUUGGUACAGACAUAUAUUUUUAAAUAAAAUCCUUUUAUUUACUUGUGACACAGGAAGCUUAUAAAGUGUUAAAGGCUGGCUGUGUGUUCAUGAUGAUGCCUGCCGUAGUCCUUUUGUUCCAGAAUGUCUUAAAUAGACUGCUUUCGGCAAUAAAAAAAAGAAAAGUCCUGCAAGCCA